CUGGAGGAUAUUUUUCAAGUCUGAGAUAAUAAUGAGGUUGAUGUCAUAGUGAUGUCAUCAGGAAUACCGUAUCUCGGCUCGAAUUGAGAAUUCAAUUUUCAACAGAAAAAGUGCAAUACAAACUUUGACAGUUUGAGUGACCACUUGAGUACAGGCAGUAACUUUAUAAAGCAAUAAUUGAAAUGAUACAAAGCACUGUAUUUUUUCACAAAGCAACUAAAACAUCCUCUUAGUUAGUUUUUAACUAAGAGGAGUGUACAUGAGUGUACAAGAGACAUCAUACAGCAUCAUCAAGUUAAUCAUUUCUAGAGCAAGACAUUCCUUCUGCCUGGUUCAUGAACCCUAUAUCAAAACCCUUUAAAGUAAAUAUUUAAUUGUUGUUGUUUUUUAAACAGCACUUUGUGAACUUGGUCUGGUUCCUCUCAACUAUACUUUUUGCAAAAGUGUUCAGAUAGCUUGAUCUUUAUUAGGCAGCCAAAAUUUGUUUUCAUCCAUUAUUUUAAGAAAUACCACCCAAAGGCUUUCCUUGAGGGAAACGCAUGACCUCUCACUGAACCCCAUGGAGGGACAGCCCCAUGUAUACUGACUAUCCUCCCUAUCAGAGUCUCUUAAGUCUUUUACAUGAGUUCCCAUGUAUUCAAAACUCCCAGAGGAUGUUAAUAUAUCACCAUUGAGUGUGCAGUCUGACCUUUGACUCUGUAAAGUUUCUGCUGUGAAUUGAGCCAAGCAGAGAAGAGUCACACUCCCAUCAGUGUGACAGUCUCAUUGCUGUCACUGCAUCCUGAAGCCUCCUAGCUUUGGAUUUCCAAACAGAGCUUGCCAUGAUGGAGACAGAGCAAACAUCUGCAAGUUGUCCUGUCCCUGUCCAAACUCCUGUCAGGAGCUGGCUCUCCCACAGCACAAGAGGGGCACCCAGCCACCCCACUUCCCGUUUCUCUGGAGACGGGGUUCGCUUCAAAGCCAAACUCAUCGGUGUGGACUAUGUGCCCGAUGCCCCGGGACACAAGAUGUGCUGGGACUCUAUGAUGAAACUAAAGGGUUUUGAGGCAGCAGCAAGGAAGCAGGGGAGACACAAGCAGAGAGUGUGGUUGAAAGUUUCCUCCAGCGGCCUGAAAAUAGUGGAUGAAAGAACCGGGGCUGUGCUUCAUGACCAUGACCGGAGCGGUAUCAGCUCUUUGAUGAGAGAUGAGUCCGACCCCAGAGCUCUGGCCUACGUCUACCAACACCAAGACACAUACUGCCUCUUCUACAUCAAGACGGCAAACCUGGCAGACCCUGUCCUGGCUGACAUUGAGGAAGUUUCUAAGAUGGUGGACCAUGAUACACCUGAGGAUCCAGCAGAGGCACCAACACAAAGUAAUUCCUUACUGCUGCUAAAUGAUAGUUCUGCCGCAGCAGCUGAGGAACCAGCUUUAGAAGAAGUGUUCAGUCCACGGCCGGAUUCUUCCGCAGAAAAAUUUAACCAGGCCUCUUCAAGUAGUGAGCUGAUGGAAGUUUUCUCCAUCCAGAUGGAGGCGCCGCUGAUGCCCGACCAGAGCUCAUGCGCCAGUCAGCCAGAGUCUCCACAUCAAAUGCUCUCCUCCUCUCAGAUCCUCUCCAUGUUCCCCACUCAGCCAACAGCGGGCACUCCUUACUCCUCACCCCCUUACUCUCCCACCUCCAUGCCCUGGGGCCAGCAGGGGCUUUUGGGUAAUCAGUGGGCAGGUCCAGCUUCAGUGCCCUGGCCCUCAAUGCCUGGCAGUCCUGCAGCAUGGGCCCCAGCAGGAUACCCAGUGCCCCCUGCAGGUGGCCAGUUUAUGGCUCACAGCCCUCAGCCAGGAGCUGUGAUGGGAGGAAACUCCCCCGCCUCACCAACAGCUGUCAGCGGAUACCCCUCCCCUUUAAACUCCCCCUACGCCCCCACUGCAGCAACAGCACCGCUGCAGUCAGUAACCCCCGCCUGGGACCAAAAUCUCCUCCUGUAAAGAACUUGUUGAAGUUGAAAAGGAGUUGAAAAAUGCUAUCAAGAUGAUGCUUAUUUAGGUCCACUUAAAUGAGUGAUUUAACUUUUCAAUCUUUCUUUCAUUUGCACGUAAUCAAAUAUUUGUUUUGCUGCUUGAUAAAACCGGAAGAUCAAAACCAUUUACUAUAUUAUUACGAGUUAUAGUUUAACAUUUACUGUGUGUAAACUGAACAAAAGCAACACUUUUACUGCUAUCGUUUAAUAAAAAUGAAUGUAUUAAUUAUUAAAAUUAUUAAAGAUUGUAUAGUUUCAUUACCCCUGCUCAUACACUUUGUUGUGUUUUAUGAGUUUUACUGACACUCUUACUUUUCCUUUCUUUAGCAGAUAUAGGUUAUGUAAUGUUCAUGCAGAAUAAAAUGCAGAUCAUGCGAGGAAGCUCA